AUGUCCCACGACCAGGCAAAUUCGAACACCUAUAGAGGUACAUCGUCUACGCAUAGAAGCCUUGCAAGUAAACUGUCUGGGACCACGCAAGCACAAAAAGCCCGAACCACCGCGGAGGACGACUCAUACAAGCCUUCGAGAUGCUACCCAGUGUUCUGGAGCAACGACGAGAUCAGGCUCUUGGAGCUGGAUUCCUCCGACAGCGGCAGCCUUCUCCACGGGUCCUUCGCAAACGUGAGACUCGGGUCCGAACAGGCCCAGUACGAGGCUGUCUCCUAUACUUGGGCGGACGUAUCCGGCGACUCGACUCGAUGCAAGCCAAUGUUCAUAGGCCCGUUCUGGGACAUUGUGUCCAUUACUCGGAACUGCGAAAACGCCCUGAGGAGCGUUCGGAUCUCUUGCAACGGCCCUCCUCGGAAGAUCUGGAUUGACUCACUAUGUAUCAACCAAGACGACGAAAAGGAACGGUCGGCACAGGUGGCGCUUAUGCCACGCAUCUACGCGGGCGCGACUGGGGUGCUAGUCUAUCUCGGACCUGCAUCGGAGGACAGCGACAUGGCUCUCGAUGCCAUAACCCACUCGACAGACAAUUAUGAAGUCACCCUGGCGAGGUCGCUGAGCAUAUUCUGCGGGUCGAAAUCAGCAUUUUGGCCGCUCGACCGUAUAUUAAGACACCUCCCCGUGUCGGUUUGGGCCCAUAUGCACAAUAGAGGGGGCGAUCCCGGAUGGGAGCUCCUGGGUCUCAUGACCGAGACCAGCCAGUGUUUUUGCAGUGACCCCAGAGACGGAAUCUUUGCUCUCUUGGGCAUGCUUCAACGAACGGAAGAACGUACCAUUGCUGCAGACUAUAGCCUCACGUCUCAGGAGGUCAGCAUCGGGAUCGCCCCAUGGCUGGUUCAGAAGUGUGGCAGGGGCCGAGAAGUGCUUCUCUUCGCCGGUAUCAACCGGGGUAAACGGCGGCGGCUGCCCACUUGGGUUCCUGACUUUGUCGAGCCCCUCAAACCUGAUUGGAGAAUCCACGGUCUUCUCUCAAGAUCCAUUUCAAGAUCGAAAUACUCCAAUACUGCAGUAAGGGUGGCUAUGGAACGCUUGCUCCAGGGACCCAGCUGGGCGCCCGGGCUCGGUUUCGAGCCCCUCGAAGACGUCAGCAUCCAGAUAAACCCCCAGACAUCAGGCCUCCACCUUAUUGCCAUAAAGCUUUGCAGCCUGAAGGAUUCUUUCAAGUCCUUUGUCGAAAAAGGGAUUGUCCGGCCUUUUGUCCGGCACGGAUCCGCUUGGCGAGCAGUCGUUCUCAUGCCCAAAGCUCCCUGUGGCUCUCGCCAAUCUUCCAGUUGGUUGAACAUCAUCUCGGCGGAAGACGGUCUUUACUGGCUCUACGGUAUUGAAGGAUUCGCUAUCAUGAGGCCCAACUACGACGGGACCACUCACAGUCUUGUCUGUGCCUGCGACGUGGUUUUCGAAACGCCGCCAUUGCCAUCGCCCCAAAAACCUAGUGCAGCCACCCCGGGCCCCUCUCCGAGCUUGAUUCCAGUGCCGCGUUUUGAUUCAUCUCCAGGCAGUGACGCGGUGCUAUUGAGGCGGAACGUGCUACUGAAGAGACUGUCAGGCACUGAGGAGCACGUGUGCUCAGAGCACUUGCAAAGGAUUCUCCAGCCACGUCCGAACGAUGUUGGACCAAUACAGAAAAACGACACAGAGGCACGAGAAGCACUACUAGAUAUUGCUUUUGACCUGAAGGUCUCCCGGUAUCGCUCGGAAGUGGUGCUGUGGGAAAGCUGGCAGAGGAUGGAGAGAUUCCUUCGGCCGCUCCCCGAAUGCGACAAAGGGCUCAGGACUCUUCGAGAUGCUUUCAAGGCCGUCGGUAUCUUGCCUCUGGGAAACACGGAUGAUGGCAAGCCUCGCAAACUGUACGUGCUCGGAGAUUGUUUUAUAGAGUCCUUCGAAGCCAUCACAGAGCUUUUGUGGGCUCUCUUACCGUCGAAAAAGAUACCGUCCUUCCAGGAGGUACAGGUAGAGCCGCCAGAACUUUCCGCGGUCGAGAUCCUUAGGGAGUUUAGAGACUGGGCAGACCUAACCACCAGUCUCUUGUCGGCAAUCGAUAGGCAACCAGGUGCCGAUGGAAAACCUCUAUCCCUUAUAUUGCCUUGCUCCGAGAUGCAGCAACAGUGGCGGACGCAACGGACUGCCUUCCAAAGUCUGAUGCCGCAGAGCGAUCCAUUAUCCGCUGCUCAAGAUGUAGUGUCUAUAUUUGCUUUAGGGAAGAACGGGAUGGGAUGGGAUGCAGACGCCUCUCUACAGCCCUUCGUUGACGGAGCGUAUUGUCGGAAACAUAGAUGGGAUUGGGACUUGACAAAAGUCAGGAUAGAAAGGCAAAGGUCCUUCUGGGAGACUGUGCGGAGCGACAAGUGGCUGAGAUCGCGGCCCGUUCUUGAGGUGCAAGACCUUCUCAUGGACGGUAUUCAUAAGAGAGGGGAUGAGGAUCCCCUUGGAGCCGGACGGACGGCCUCUGCUUCUGAAAGGGGAUCCAACAUACUGUCUGAUGCCCUCGAAGUCAAGAUGGCUGUUCGGCUUUACCUCGGAGAGUUUGGGUUUAACCUUGACAUGCGUACGGAUGUCAUUAUCAGAUGA